UGGCGAAUUUCUUAAAACCACACCGGUUUACAUUUUACGCGGAAACCAAAUACCUACCAAUACCGGUUUGUGCUGGCGAAUUUCUUGCAUGUACUUUAUAGAUAUUUUACUAUAAUUCAACGUUUAAUUAAGUAUAAUUAAGUUUAAUUAGUUAUCACUUACUCAUUAUGAUUAAUUUGCAAAAUUAUAUCUUAAGUCAAACCACGGAUCAAACAAAUUUGGUUACGUUUGGACAAAUAUGGAGGAGCAACCGAUUAAAGACAAUGGAAAAAUGGCCGUUGGUGAAUCCCAGUGCUGAGAAAAUAGCCGAAGCAGGUUUCUAUUGCCCAAAUACUGAUCAUCCCGAUCUUGUUAAAUGCUUUUCGUGUUUCAUUGAAUUGAAUGGUUGGGAACCAACUGAUGAUCCUUGGGAUGAACAUAAAAAACGUGCCCUAGUACUUAAUCCUAAAUGUAAGUACAUUGAAAUAGGUAAAAAGGAAUCAGAACUAGUUGUUGACGAUUUCUUAGAAAUUUUGAAAAGUGUGAUGUUACGCAGUGUGCAUACAACUAUUGAACAAAACAAAAAAACUGCAUUGUCUCUACAUAAAAAAAAAAAGUCAGCUCUUAAAAAAGAGCUUAAACAAAUGGGAAUGUCAUAAGUGUAAUAUGUUUGUAUUUACAAUGUAG